GUGCAUGUUCAUUGAGAUGAAAGGUGCGCCACGUGCAUCUCGUUCAGUUUUUGGCGAUGGUGGUACAUACUGUAUGGGUUAGUUCUGCACAAAAUUUCGUCGGAAAAAUUAAGCGUUAUGCGUAACUACAAGCUUAUUUAGGAGAAUGCAAUACAUACAGUAUUUCCCCGAGCCUCAGCCGAAGUGAAAUUUCAUUUUGCGCAGAACUAACCCUAAUAAAUCGACUUGUUUGCGAACUACUUAUCAUCUAUUCGCUAUCCAUCCUGUUAUCUGUAUCUGUUAUUCAUUUAUCUGCUUGCAUUUUCACGCAAGAGUUUCAAGAUGCCUGGACCAGGAGGAAAAAAGAAUGGAGCAAAGAAGCAUCCGAAGACGAAUACUGCCAAUGAGUUGUCAGUAUCCAAAUCCUCAGGGGCGCGUAGCUUGGUGUCUGAGUCGUAUGUGGAGGAAAUUGGUAAUGCAGAAGGAUGGAAUCGCACUGUGGACAUCCUGUGCGACUACUUCAACAUUCCUGACCUGAAUAGUAGAAGCGGGCUUAGACGUGUACAUUCCAAUUUUGAUGCUAUAUGGCGACGUCUAGAUGGAGCAUACACGAAAUAUGAGAGGAAUGAGCGUAUUUUGAUUGGAAUAGUUGGAAUUUAUGCCAAGAUGUGUGCAGAUGCGAUUCUGAGAGACAAAUUAUUUCAACGAGGCUUCCUCUCGAAAAUAGUACGGCUUCUUGAUAGCAACUAUUGUCGACAUCUUGCUCUCCGUGCACUGUCUAGCGUGGCUCACUUUGGCUCUUCAGACCUCUUUAUAGAGAUAUCCAAACUUACCCCUGCGCUGGUAGGCUUACUCGAAGAACACUCUGACGACGAAAACAUCGCGGAGCUGAUCAUCACUAUUUUCUCUCAUUCUGUAGUACCUGUACUUGUCAAAUUGUCAGACACUCAACAAGAUAAUCAGUCCGAUGUUGCACUGCUGAAAACUCUUGAUAUGGCCCGGGUUAUCAAGGAGGUUACUCUACAGAUCAAAAAACCAUUCGCGUCGAAAUUUCUUAUCGAGCAUGGCGCUCGCAUGCUUUCUCUCUCUGCAGAAACCUGCUCUGAAGCCAUGUUCGCGAACCCUUCCUCUGUCCACUUUCUUGUGGCGGGUCUGCGGAGCACUGAAUGGGAAAAUCGGACCACCUGUCUCAACGGUGUGCUCCGCUUAUUUCGAAUGAAAGCUGAGACAGAUACUCGCAACCUUGACCUCAGGACCUUCUUCCAGCAUGCCCGACAGCGCCUUCCUGACCAUCUUAUGGACAUACUAGGCGACUACGGCCUUCUACGCUCAGAGACGAUAAUCAUGAAGACUACGGAAUCACAAUUCCAACGUGCAAUCAUGUCUGUUCUACAGGAUCGGGACCUGCAUAAGCUAGGGCUGAUCCUAGCAGAUCUUAUUGUCCAAACCGAGUUUUCAAUACCUGACGGUGCUUUCGAGGAAGAAGAUCCACGCACGGGAAAGCGGCAAAAGGCCACGUUCGACACUGGACUCCCUUUCAAAACAUUCCGGGAAGCCUUACCACAAUGCGCAAGAGUUUUUCGGCAAAGAGCCGCGCCUGGAGAGCUCGACAAGGCUGAUAUACUAGACAUCAAGUAUUUGAUCAUGCAAGCAAACAUCCGUGCUGCCGCUGAAGUUGGUUCGAAGGGUCUUUUGCGAAAUCCGAAUAUGGCUUACUUUCAGUAUGCUCAAAGUCUGCUCGCGGACCCUGCCGUGGUGUUGAGGUCGGCGAAAAAGGGGUUGAAGUGUAAGCAGACUUCGCCGUUCAUACGAUUCCAACUGCUGCAGAGGGCGGUGGAGAAUGCGGGCCAACUGGGGUUGCAAACACUUGAACAGGCUUCAUCCGCUGAGGAUCCAAAAUGGGAAGAAGGAGUGGCGUUCUUUAUGAGCGCUUGGACCGACUCCAACACUUUCCUUGCGGAGGCGCCUCCGGACAAUCGACAUAUGAGGAAUGUUCUAUAUUGGAACAUUCUACUUGCUAUUAUCAUUCGAGGGCCUGAACUCAAUCCUAAUCUGGAAGAAAUAAAGUCCUCCCUCAAAAAACUAUCAGAAUCUGACGACUUCACCCGCGCUUUCUCCCAGCCGAUACCUAAUACUCAGUUGCGUCUCGCCCAAGCCGCCAUCGUAGAGCAAUAUUCCGCAGCCGUCUCCGAAUGGGAGGAAGUCAUUUUACGAUUAAACAACUCGAGUGAAAAACAACCUGAAGUUUUGCCUGACUCGGAAAAGGUUCAGAAUGACCUGAACAAUUUCUUGAACGACCUACAGCUGGAUGACGAAUCCCCUGCAAAAAGGGUAGCUGCCCAUCCAAAGGUGAAUUUGAACAGUGUGCUGCUGUAUCAAUGCUCGUGGUGUAAGAAUCCUAGUGCUAUGUUGAAGAAAUGUUCAGGUUGUUCUCAAACGAGAUAUUGUGACGCGUCUUGCCAGAAGCUGCACUGGACGGAACAUAAGAAGAGGUGUAAUAAACAGAAAGAUUGAGCGUGGUACUGCAUGUGGUUGUGUCCUUCGUAUUUUAUCUUGCGCGCACAUCGUAUGCGUACUAUUCAAAAUACUGCACUUCUUCAAUGAAGUCAAACGUCGGAUGUUCAUUUAUUCGAAAUUGACAAGUCAUCUGGUUUUGUAAAUAUUCCCGUUCAUUUUCUCUGGACUCUACACGGAGCGGGAGAGCUGGCUGGCUGCAAACCUCAUAAGAUGAUAGUGGGGCAGUGCACGGCUUGACCAUGACCGGCGCAAAUACUGCAGACACCAAUGAUGUUCGCAUCUCCUAGGUCUCAAUUUUGAUACGACUGACCGUGACGACAACAAAGCGGAAAUGCAAAUGAUUAGGGCUGCUCAAUUCUUGCCUCACCUCACCGCCUCACCUCACGAGCUGUCACGGAAUUCCGCUUUUGGAUGUCUGAUUGAUCCG